AUGAACACGUAAUUUAAUAUGACAAACAACGUAAUACUAAUCCGAAAAACUUCACAGUUGGUGUGUUAUUAGUUAUCACGUACGCUCCUUCAUCACCCUUACUUCCGACCUCCAUUAACACACACACAUACGAUCAUGGCGUGCCAGCCGAAGCCUGCUCUAGCCCUCGUAUUCAUCCUGCUCCUCUGCGGCCUCGCCUAUGCCCGCCGCAUUCGCGACCAAUCAGAUCUCAUCUCUGAUGAUGUGGUGGUCGGCGCGUCAAAGUUCCCGCCUUUGCUCCGCCUCCCCGCGGCAGAGGAGGUCUGCGAGGAGACCUAUGGCUUCAUGCCCUGUACCUCCACUGCACUGGGAAAUCUCUUCUUGAUUCUGGUAUACGGUUAUCUCAUGUUCCUCGCCGCCACCUACCUCUCCACCGGUAGUGAGCUGUUGCUUGAGAUCCUCGGCCCUGGAAUUGUCGGCGGCCUGUUCCUUCCCGUGCUCGGAGCUCUUCCUGAUGCUAUGCUUAUUCUUGUCUCCGGGCUCUCUGGAAGCAGAGAAACUGCGCAAAGUCAGGUCUCAGUUGGAAUGGGACUGCUAGCUGGCUCGACCGUCAUGCUUCUUACUUUAAUUUGGGGUACCUGUAUUAUUGUGGGGAAGUGCGAUAUAGAGAAUUCUGUAGCUGUCGACUCAAAAGACACGAAAGCCUUCAGUUUAGCUGGCUCUGGCAUUAGUACUGAUAUCUGGACAAGCUAUGCAAGCAUCAUCAUGGCUAUAUCUGUGAUUCCCUUCAUAAUUGUCCAAUUACCACAAAUUCUGCACUCAAAUUCAGGAAGACAUUUGGCUGUCUUGAUUGCUCUUAUUGUCUCUGCUUCACUUUUGAUCGCUUAUUGCCUUUACCAGGUAUUUCAGCCUAUGGUUCAAAGGAGGCGGAUUGCUUAUGCAAAGCACAAGCACGUUGUCGCAGGAAUCCUGAAGCAUUUGAAAAUGCAUGCCUUCGGUAAGCUUUAUGGCGAAGAUGGAAAACUGAAUGUAGAAGUAUUGAGGAAGCUGUUCAGGACGAUUGAUGAUAAUAAGGACGGAUACCUUUCACACACAGAACUAAGAGCUCUAAUCGUUGGAAUCCGUUUUAGUGAGAGUAAUUUGGACGAGGACGAUGCAGUGGUGAAGUUGAUGAAGGACUUAGAUAGCAGUCGUGACUCCAGAGUUGAUUUACAUGAGUUCAUUUCUACUGUUGCAAGAUGGUUGGAAGAAGCCAAAGGUGCCAAAACGUCUAACCACACUGGCUCGAUGAAGUUUAUUGAUGAUUUUCACGAGCAAACGAGGAGAGAGCAUGAUCUCUUGGGGGACCAAGGUGAUGAGGCUGCAGAGGGCGUUGACAAUCCCAGAUGGACCUCGGUUAAAGCCGUGCUCCUGUUGCUGCUGGGAACAGUCAUUGCAGCGGUAUUUGCCGAUCCUCUGGUUGAUGCCGUUGAUAAUUUCUCCACUGCUACUAGCAUUCCUAGUUUUUUCAUCUCCUUCAUUGUGCUGCCAUUGGCUACCAACUCGAGUGAGGCGGUGUCUGCGAUUAUAUUUGCUAGCCGGAAGAAGUUACGGUCUGCCUCCUUGACAUUCUCAGAGUUAUACGGAGCAGUCACUAUGAACAAUGUCCUCUGCCUAUCGGUCUUCUUGGCGCUCGUUUACGUGCGAGGCCUGGUCUGGGACUUCUCGUCCGAGGUCCUGGUUAUCUUGAUCGUGUGCGUCGUGAUGGGCGUCUUUGCCAGCAUCCGCACCACGUUUCCACUAUGGACAUCCUUGUUAGCUUUCCUGCUCUAUCCAUUUUCUCUAGCACUGGUAUACGUUCUUGACUACGUCUUUGGCUGGUCGUAGGUCCAUCGACGGGCCACUAAAAUGUUCUCUAACACAAGCGCAACGUCUUCUGUUACACCUGCCAAUGCACAAACAGGAACAAAGAGGUGGCUAACAUGUGUGUUAUGUACAGCCUGAGGUUUUGAGUGGUCCUGUAAGAACUGGUGAAUGGUUUGGAUAAUGGGAAAGGCAUGUCUUAAUUUGUUAGUCU